AUGUACUCCGACGGCCACGAGGUGGACGGCAGCUGGGUGCUGCGCGUCUACGUGACGGAUCUGCAGGUCGAAAGGAGUUUACGCGUGAAGGGAGAGCUGCACAUCGGCGGUGUCAUGCUGCGCCUCGUGGAAGAUCUCGAUAUCGCUAUGGAUUGGUCGGACCACGCACUUUGGUGGCCGGCACGGAAUCACUGGUUGACCAGAACACGCAGCACUUUGGAUCAGUAUGGCGUGGCGGCAGAUGCGCUGCUGCAUUUCACGCCGAUGCACAAAACUCUGAGGGUACAAUUGCCGGACAUGCGAUGCCUCGACUGCCGCGUCGACUUUUCCGUCAAGACGUUCAACGCGGUCAUCAAUUUGUGCAAGGAACUUGGCAUCAGACAUCCAGAGGAACUCUCGUUCUGCAAACCGCUCGAACCGAAUCACCUGAAAUACAAUCUGAAAGAUCUGCCAGUAAAGAAAAAAAUUGAGCACCAAAAGAAUGGACACUGGAACGUAUCGGCCGAUACGAAUACCUUUAUCCCGGCCAGCCAAAGUCCCAGAGGAUCUACGGGAAGCUUAGAUCAAUCGAGCCCAUUCAUGUGCGCGCCGGUUACGCCCAACAACAGAAAUCACAGCACGCCGAUCAGCUCUCCUGUCUCGCAUACCGGCACAUGGAAAAGGAACAACAAUUCGUCCGGCUUCGGCAGCACUGGCUCCUUCAAUGCCAAUAACAGCACUAUGAGUCUCGAGGCAUUAAACGGCGGGCUAACAGAAUCCUUGGCGCAAAGUCCGACGUCGAUCUCACCGGACGUGCGAGUGAAGCUGAUCAAGCCGAAGAGCCUGAUCGAAAGGGCGAGAAUGAACGUCAGCUGGCUGGAUUCCUCCCUGUCGAUCAUGGAACAGGGUAUCCGCGAAUUUGACACACUUAGACUGAAAUUCAAAUUCUACUCCUUCUACGAUUUGAAUCCAAAAACCGACGCAGUGCGCAUCAAUAUGAUUUACGAGCAAGCUAAGUGGCAAUUACUCGCAGAGGAGAUUGACUGUACCGAGGAAGAGAUGCUGAUGUUCGCGGCGCUUCAGGUACAAGUGAAUCUUCAGGCAAGCGUGCCGCAACCCACAUACGACAGCAACGGAGCGACUUCGCCCGUUGAAGACGACAUCGACGCGGCCUUGACGGAUCUACAAGUGACCCUGGAGGGCAGCAACAUCAGCAACGGGCCCAGUGAUAUCACGCAGGUGCCCGAGCUCUGUGAUGAACUGCGUUUCUUUAAGCCGAAACGUUUCACGUUGAAGGCUUUUAAGCGUUAUUGGUUCACGUGCCGCGAUCUCCAGCUCAGGCUCUACAAAAGCAGGGAGGAGGCAGGCGGCUCAGAGUCGCCAGUCUACGUGAUCAAUUUGCGCGGCUGCGAGGUCACGCCGGAUGUGCAUCUGUCGCAAGGUCGCUAUGGGAUCAGACUGGAGGUGCCCAGUGCCGAAGGCAUGACUGAGAUGUGGAUAAGAUGCGACAACGAACAACAAUACGCAAAAUGGAUGGCCGCGUGCAGAUUAGCGGCCAAAGGCCGUAGCCUCGCCGAUGCGUCUUACGAGAGCGAAGUGAACAGUAUCGCAGCUUUCCUACAACUGCAGAGGCCCGCGCCCGCGCCGGCCAUCAAUCCGAAUGCUUUAGAUAUUGUACCGGAAGACUAUGUUGCACCUCGAUUCGCGAAGAAAUUCAAAGGAAAGCUGGUUCAGAGGAUCUUAGAAGCACACGCGAACGUUAAAGACUUGCCUCUUGUCGAGGCGAAACUAAAUUAUAUCAAAGCCUGGCAGUCCCUGCCGGAAUAUGGUAUCUCACUCUUCAUCGUACGAUUUACUGGUAAAAGCAAGGAUGAGCUACUAGGUAUCGCCAAUAAUAGGUUAAUGCGGAUGGACCUUCACACUGGCGAUCAUUUAAAAACUUGGAGGUAUAAUACUAUGAAGGCGUGGAAUGUUAACUGGGAAGUAAAACACAUGAUGGUACAAUUCGAAGAAGAGAAUAUCAUUUUUGAAUGUCAAUCAGCGGACUGUAAAGUUGUCCACGAAUUUAUAGGAGGCUAUAUCUUUCUGUCGAUGCGUUCGAAGGAGGCGAAUCAAACGUUGAACGAAGACUUGUUCCACAAAUUGACUGGUGGAUGGGCUUAAUCCAGUACUGCAAUGAGUGGAUAAAACCGAAACGGGUUCUAACAUAUUCUGAGAAGCGAUGAGAUGCGUUCUGAGAUGCUAUUCUGUAACUGUUUUUACACGCCUUAUCAGUAUGGUUGCGCAACUUUUUUACCAUACAAAAUAUCUGCACAACGACAUCGACUACUGUCGGUAGACGUGUAAAAACAAUUACAGAAUAGUACCCCAGAUUACCUAUCGUGGAACAAAGUCGGAAUGGACUCCGAUCGGAAUUGUUCAAUUAUUCCCUAGAUUUCUAUUGUAUUUUUUAGGAAAAAUCGGAUAAUUCCGACUUUAUUCCAUGAUAGGUACUCUAAGCAUUAUCUACAUGCGUCGCGCUCGUUAUGUGCCUGUUUAAGGACCGACGUUUUUGCAUGUUAGUACAUUUGUAAAAAUACUUAAAUCUGGUCGUAUUUAUCACAUUUUAACACUAUAUGCUGUAAAUAAAACAUUGUGUCCUUUCUACGCGCGAGCGGAAGAGUUUUAGCAAUUAUAGUUAUUUUUAUUCGACAGGAGGCUACUUCAGAACGUUUACCAAUGUGUUUACCUUAUUUACAAGGUAUACUAACAGUGUUGACAAACGUUAUAAUCUCAUGGCCUCUUUUUCACGAAAAAAAUAAUCCGUUUUCUACAUUUACAAUUAUUUUAUAAAUAGACGUUUGUGAAACUAUUUUACAAAAAUAUACUUUUAUACGAAACUUUUUCUACUUAAAGAAAUCUAUUGCCUUGAAUAAAAAUCGAAUUUAUAAACAAAUACAUCAAGUCUGCAUAAUGAAAAAAUCUAAAAACAUAUCGCGCGUGAUGUUAGCAACAUUCUGUAACAAAGAAAAAAAUGGAUUUUAAUCCUUUAAAAAAACAAAAUCACCAUAGCGCAUAAAACCGUCCGUGAUUUCGAGUGGUUUAUAUACGGCCGUCUUGAAAAUUAUUUUCAAUUUGCGAUUUCUUUUAUGUCGCUAGAGACUUCUUCCUUGUAAUCCUCCCUCAUAAUGCGUGUCAGUGUCCUCUUCAGUUAUCCCAAGGUGCUAUACUAACUGAGCUCGACUUUACAACGCAAGAGAUCGAAUCGUGUAAAUUAUUUGUUAUUUUAAUGUAAAUUAGAUGUAGAAGAAGAAAUAUAUCACUUAUAUAUUAUA